AUGGCUGAUCCGAACACUUACACCUCUGGCUCCGGCGCUCUGUCUUUGGACCAAUCUAUGCGUGAAUACAGGGCAGCGCUUGACCAUACCGCGAACAGGCUCGCGAUGGCUGAACGCGACAAGGCCCUUGUCAUCACGCAGGCCCAGAACGCGAUGGACGAAGCGGACAAGAACUUCAAAACUCACAUUGAGUAUAUUUGGGGUCAGCUACAACAGGAGAAGAAGAAUGCCCAGCAGGCGAGGGCAGACCUGCAAGAAUAUAUCAUCAAGGCGAAAGAGGAGAACAAAGUACGCGCGCGCACGGAGAAGGAACUUGUAGCACUCCAAACCCAACGCGCCUCGCGACAAGAGCUGAUCUCGUCACUGGAGCGCACCGCCAUGGCUGACAAAGACGAAAUUCAAGCGCUCAAGGAUGCGCUGACAUCGGAACGGAGAAAGGUCGGCAGUCAAAGCGGUGCUGGAGACGCCGCCAUAGGACAAACCGCCAUGAGGCAAGCGCCUGGUGUGUCUCACGGCAAAGCAGCGUCUCCCGCAGUCGCGAACCCAGGCAACAAGUCUAGUCGUAAAGAUCACCAGCCUCAAAACGAGACGGCAUCUGCGGAGGAACUUGUACAACCCAGGGGCACUAAGAGGCCGGCUAGCGAUCAUAUUGUUGAACCAGCAUCGGCCAGUCAGGCAAAGAAGCGCGUCAAGACGUCUGCGCCAGCCGUGACCACGCAGAGUGUCUCUUCGAACGAGGGAUGCUCGGUGAGCAAUCAGCCACGACCAUCGUCAGGGCAGCCAUCGGGACAGCCUAUUGAGCAGGCAUACGCAUCUAGCUCAAGUGCAGCCAACGCUUCUAGAACCGCCAAGUUGAGUGUCAUGAACUUCCUGGCGAAACCCAAAAAGGACUCGAUGUGGUAUGAACUCUGUAAGGUCGAGCUACCGCCCUUCGAUCACAAUGGGUAUACCUUCGAGAUGGGGGAUAUUGUUAUCAUGAACGACUUUCUCGGCCACUCUAACGGCCUAACACCCUCUGACAAUUCAAACCCGUGGCAAAAGAAGUUGAUCGGUGUGCUGUGUGAUUAUAGCAUGCACGGACUGUGUCCUAAGCACGGAGAGCCGACGUGCCUCCGAUCAAAGUUUGGGGAAGGCACAGGCGCCGAAGUGAGAUCCGUCGCUGUCUCAUGGAUAAUGUCGAAGUCCCAUAUAGAAGAUCUCAUCGCUGGGAGGGCCAAGGUCCAUGAGCCUCCGCAUCCAGAUGAAAGCUUUCGGAUACCAUUCCUGAGGAAACGAUUUCUGCACGAGAGCAUACCCAACAAUCAACGCUUUUUGACUAGCAUCGGGCUCGAGUGGGUAGGCAUCAACGAUCUCAUAGGCCUAGUCGGUCCAACCGACAUCGGGACCGGGACCAGUUCGCGCCGCCCUAUAAUCAUCAAUUGGUCAGAUCCUAUCCUAACCUCAAUACAACACCCAGUGGGCAGAAGACUCAGAGAAAGGCGGGCUACACUCAUACCGCUCAGUCAUCUCAAUCUAAAGCCUGAGCGAGAAUUCCCGAGUGGCUGGAUUUACGAGUAG